UUAUCCAAGAUGAAGACCGGGCUAGUACUUUUGCUAAUUGGUGCUCUAGCUGUGGUUAGUGCUGAAUGGAUCGAUAUCGAUUGGUCCCAGGUGAAACCGAUCGAAGAGUUCGAUCAUUACUGGGCACGUCUGCCGGCCGAGAUGCAGUUCCUGCGUAAGCUGACUCCACAUCGUCGAAUCACCAAUGGACAACAGGCACACCCUGGACAGUUCCCGUAUCAAGUCGCUCUGCUUAGUUCAUUCUCCGCGGGUACCGGUCUGUGUGGAGGAUCCGUGCUGACAAACAACUUCAUCCUGACUGCAGCCCAUUGCGUUCAGAACGCUCUCGGUGGAACUGCCAUCAUGGGAGCUCAUAACAGAGUGAACAAUGAGCCCAGUCAGCAGAGAAUCGCUUUCGUUCCCGCUGGAAUCACAAUCCAUUCCGGAUAUAGUCCAACUAACAUCAGAAACGACAUCGCCGUUGUCCGCUUGAAUAUCGGUAUUGUGUUCAAUGAGCGUAUCGUACCCGUAAAUAUUCCAGCUAAUGGCGACAGUCGGACGUUCGCUGGAUUCACCGGUACUGUAUCUGGAUUCGGCCGUACUUCGGAUGCCAACCAGGCCACAUCCGCCGUGGUUAUGUUCACUUCCAACCCAAUUAUGUCGCAUAAUGACUGCCUUUUAAGCUGGGGUGGUAAUAAUAACAUUAUUCAGGAUCAAAAUAUUUGUCUAUCCGGAGCUGGUGGCCGAUCGUCUUGCAAUGGUGACUCUGGUGGUCCUCUGACUGUCGCCGAUGGUGAUAGUUCUCUGCAGGUCGGUAUCGUUUCGUUCGGAUCCGCUGCCGGUUGCUCGAUUGGAAUGCCAUCGGUGUAUGUUCGGGUUACACACUUCCGACAAUGGAUCGUGGAUAACUCCGACUACUCGUAAGGGUUGUGGAAGGAAUUUUCGAUUUCUGUUACAACGUAUCCCUGCUGAAGGCGCGCAGUGCACUGAGUGCACAACACUUUGAAAUAUAGGCGAAAUCAUUUUAGAGCUGUAGCAGUUGCAUAACUGACGUGAUUGUCGUAGGGAUAUGCAUGAAUUAUGACAAGAUUGUGCCAUACCGGACAGGAAGGAAAGUUAUUAUUAAAUCUAUAUUCUAAUCAA